AUGUCGAGCUCCAGCAGAGCCCGCAUGAAAUCAUCGCCUGUCGAUGCUGCUGCAGAUUUCCUGGACUGCCACGCAUCCUCGAUGAGCAAGCAACAAGAGCCUUCCGGCAGCCCUGCCUUCUACCGGCCCGUCGGGAGCUGCCUUCCCGUGCCAUCGAGUGAGUGCCGAGAGAGAAAGUGGUGCAAAGUGGAGCAUCCAAGAUGUGGGAGCGACGGGAGCAGCAGCACGAAGAAGCGCCGCGCCCUUGGGGUUCGUUCGCGACAAUUAUCUGCCCACGCUAUGAUGGCUCGUAAGUGCUCAUUCGCGUUGCUCAUUGCAACACACUGCUCAGGAGAGCGUUGAAGCGCACUGAGCCCUUCGACUCUCGAGAGAUGAAGAGUCGAGUGCAUGGUGUGGAUUGAUUGACAUCAGCCAAGAUGUAUUGCAGGCGCGGUACAUAGUCCCAGGUCGAUUGGCUGCAUCCCCGCUGGUCAAGCUCCGACCGUGGUUAGUUCACCGCAUUCGGUCGCAAGAGACAGGUCUGAGGCUGCCACAAAGCAAACAUCUGUCUCACGACUUGGAUCAACAAACCCGGUGUGAUGAGCGGGACCGAGCUGAGCUGCCCUUUGCAAGACGUUGUGGAGCACUUGCUCGGCAAUGCCGCGUGUAGCGCGCCAUGCUCUCUGCACACUGUCACAGACUCACGAGUAUAAGUAGCCGCCCGGCGACUGUUUUACCCUAUGAUUUCCGCAUGUUGAGCAUUGACGAGUCACCACAACACCUGGCAGCGCUAUCAUCACCUCUGACCACCACAUUUCUCCCUACAACUCGCAACCGUCCAGCCAGCGUCACCAUGAAUUCCGCAGCUGCGAUCGGCGUGGCUGUUGCCAUUGUCGUCGUCAUUGGCGGUGUUCUCACAACCGUCAUCGUCUACAUUCGAAGACGUAGAUCAGGCAAUGGGCACAAGGCCUCGGCUUCUUUCGCGUGUGAGUAUUGUCGCUUGCUUGCUGAGUCUUUGUAUUCUGCCUUUUGUUCGCAGGAGCAAAUGCUUACGAUUCCACGCUUUGUACGCUCCACAGCCCGGCCACAAUCUCGCUCGUCGACGCUUGCAUCCGAGUGGAGCAAGUCGGGACGCUCGCCCACCAACUCAAUGUACGACGUGGAGAAGCUGAGCUACGCUCAGCCCAUCUCGGUGCCAGCGCCCGUCUACACAGCAGGCCCAGCGGUGCUGCCAAGCCACGCGAGCACGGACUCGAAGCGCGGGAGAAGCAUCAGCGGCGCAGGUCACGCCUUGCGACGCACAGUCUCCAACUCGACGUUGAAUCGCACCCUGAGGACGCGAUCAUUCCACACCGGCAGGGACGAGCUACCCAUCACGUCUUCAGACGCUGGACACGGUGCGGCUAGAGACUCGUUGGACGUGGAGAGUCUCGCAGGCGAUGAUGCUUCUUCCAUCGUCGAUGGACCAGCGCACGCCGCCGAUUACUCAAGACACCGCAGGCCGUCGAUCACCCGCAAGGCGGUGCCGAAAGCCCUCGAUGGCAUCGUGAAGGAUCGCAGCGAGGACUUCAACGAUUUCCUCGGGGGUCUGGACUAUGCGGACAUCGACGACCCCGAGGAAAGAGUCAUGAGCCCAGAGCUCGAAAUGGCAAAAUUAGCUCUGCAAGAUCUCGAGAUCAGAGCAAAUGCAGGUUCUGCGAGAGACAAGCCUUUGACGUUCCCAAAGUCAGAACUUCGCUCAGGAGCAUCUAGCGCACGAAUUCCGGCUCCUUUCCGCUGA